GGAGUGGAGCGAGCGGUCGGAUGGAGAGCGGAGAGCGAGGGGCUGAAAGAGAGACGAGGAGAUUCACUGGUGCAGCUGCUGCGGGUGUGAGUGAGUGGGCGAGCGGGACAGAGAGAGAGACAAAGAGGGAGAGUGAGCGAGAGGGAGAGGACAGGGAGCAACGGACAGACGGAGGUACAGAGAAAGCCCGGGUCACUCCUGUGCAGGGAAUGGACACACGGCAAUGGACGUGAGCCGCUCUGUGGCCUCGCGCACUCUUCAGCUCGAGGAAAUGCUGUGAUCAUGGGGUCGAGUCCCCGGGCUCCGUGAGGGGCCAUGCCCACUGAUACCUUUACCGUCCCCCUGGACGUCCACCGUCCCCAACCGGCGACCUCCGAGAGCCACAGCAGGUGCAGCAUGGAGACCCCCGACGGCGAGCGACCCGUUAGCUAUAGCUCCACUUCGUCCUCGAGCUCCUCGCGAGACAGCCGCUGCUCCUCUCUGGCUCCGUCCUGCACCGCUGUACCUGAACCCGACACCAACGCGGGGGAAAUCAGGCUGGAGUUGGUGCCGGCUCAGCAGCUGGAUGGCGCCGACGAUCAGCCGAACGAUGGCAGGCACGGCCACGCGCAGACGUCAGCUGCGGAGACCCCUGCUGCCGAAGCCACGGCAGAACCUGCGGGACCGAAGCCGCAGUACGUGGACAGAGUGGUGCAGGAGAUCCUGGACACGGAGAGGACCUACGUGCAGGACCUGAAGAGCAUAGUGCAGGACUACAUGGGCUGCUCCUCUAGUCAGGCCCGGCUGGGACUGGGGGCGGAGGAGAAGAGCGCCCUCUUUGGGAACAUCCAGGACAUCUACAACUUCAACAGUGAGCUUCUGCGGGAGCUGGAGAAGUGCCACGCUGACCCAGUGUCCAUUGCAGAGUGCUUCGUGGCCAAAAGUGAACAAUUUCACAUUUACACUCAGUACUGCACAAAUUACCCAAGGUCUGUAGCGGUGCUGACGGAGUUCAUGAGGAACAAGGCGCUGGCAAAGUUCUUCAGAGAGCGCCAGGAGUUCCUGAACCACUCUCUCCCGCUGAGCUCCUACCUGCUGAAACCUGUGCAGCGCAUCCUGAAAUACCACCUGCUUCUGCAUGAGAUCGCCAAUCACCUCAACAAGCAGACUGACGGCUACGAAGUGGUGCUGGAGGCCAUCGACACGAUGCAGCGCGUGGCGUGCCACAUUAAUGAUAUGAAGAGGAAGCACGAGCAUGCUGUCCGCCUGCAGGAGAUACAGAGCCUGCUGAUGAACUGGAAGGGCCCAGACCUGAUCAGCUACGGGGAACUGGUUCUAGAGGGAACUUUCCGGAUCCAGAGGGCCAAGAAUGAGCGCACCCUGUUCCUUCUGGAACGGUUACUGCUGAUCACAAAGAAAAGGGAGGAAUCCUACACAUACAAGGCCCACAUCCUGUGCUGCAACCUGAUGCUAGUGGAGGUUAUCCCCAAGGAGCCCUUGAGCUUCAGUGUCUUCCAUUACAAGAACCCGAAACUUCAGCACACCGUUCAGGCCAAAUCCCAGCAGGACAAACGAAUGUGGAUUCUUCAGUUAAAAAGACUGAUACUUGAAAACCACCCCGCAAAAAUACCAGCCAAGGCUAAGCAAGCCAUAUUGGACAUGGAUGCUGCACGUUCCCCAGGUUUACUGUACAGCCCACAGGGUGACCGAAAAUCCCAAAUCAGGGACGGACCCACCACGCGGAGGGUGAGGAGGAAGUCAGAACCAUUGUCAAAACUGCUGAAGAAUUCAAAGCAAAGUGCUUCUAAUCCAGAUGCACAAAAGAGAGUCAACCUUGGAGUAGCCCUUCUGUCUCCCAUGGGCCACUUACACCCCAGAGAGGGGCUGCUGGCCUCCAUUGGGCGGACCAGGAGUCUGGUAAGCCAGUCGCAGGAAUCGUUGGAUCCUACGGAGCCUAGUGACAGCGAAGAUGGUGCUCACCUCCAUGAGACAUGUUAUGACAUAGAGCCCGGCAUGAUUAAAGGAAAGAAGUUGAAGGUUCAGGGCAAAGGAACUGGGAAGAGGCUCAACCCGCAAGCUUCAGUGGACAGCAUUGACAGCUGGUGCAACCGUAGUGUUGGAAUGCAAGACUUACAGGCAGUCAAAGAGUCUCUGCAGAUGGAUGCCAACAUGUCUUGCCAAACGGAGGGUCAUACACCCACCCCCCAGAACCAAAGUCUUGUUGCCAUGGUCACUGGAGAAGACUUGGUUAGGAACAUCUGGACAGACCAUCAGAUCAGACAUGCUAUGUUCCCAACUCGGCAGAAGACUAUACAGGUGGAUGAUGAGGAGGACAUCUAUCAGAUGUUUGUCUUAUCUGAACCAUCUGACCUAGACAUGGAGGCUUCACAGGUGACCGAAGGCAGCCGUGUGUCUGGCAGACCUUGCAGCUGGCAUAUGGAGCAAACGCAGCAGGAAUACUCCAAAGAACCAGGCAGCGGUGGGAAGGUCCUGCGACGGGCCAGCAGUGUUGGUGAGAAGAACUCAAGUAGCAAGGAAUCAGAUCCAGAGGACAAGCAAAGCACUUCCAGGAACAGCCUGCAGAUAGAUAGUUCGAGCAGUGUUUCAGGCUCCUCUGAGCACCUGACCAUUGAUGACAUUGAGAAUGUCUAUGACAAUAUCAGCUAUGAGGACCUGAAAUCCAUGGGGCUGAUUCACAGAGAACCAGAAAACCCUCAUAAAUCUCUAGAGGCAAUGGAAUCAAAACCAGGUCAAAAAUCUAAAGAACAGAUUUCAAUAUCUAGAGGGAUAACUGAACUUCCACAUUCGUCAGAUGACAAAACAUCCUCCUUCCAGGAUGCUCUUCCUGUUGGGACAACUGAACCGGAAGUGGAAGAAAACAUCUAUGACACCAUAGGUUUUCUGGAGCAGCCGGUAGAUCCAAGGUUCUGCUAUCCAGCUGAUACAAGCAAACAAAGUUUGAUUCUUCAGUCUGACUCUGUAGGUCAUGAUAGUCUGGGAAGAUUUAUUUCAGAAGAUCACCUACAGAGUGGUGAGGAAAAUCACUGGGUCUCUUCAGAGAUGGACUCCUCUUCCACUUCAAACUCACAUUCCCUCUUGCGCACGGUCACUGCUGUUAAAAUGUCAGAACAGGUGGAUGAGAUCUGGAAUGACUUGGAAAAUUACAUCAAGAAAAAUGAGAAAAAGCAGGAGAGGCUCACAGCUGCAUUUCCCGUGAACGGGCAGGAUAGUCCAAGAAAAACUCUGGGACACGAUCCUGCACGGAGAACGCUGGGGCAGGAUAGUCCGCGGAAAGCUCAGAAGCAUGGCAGCCCGCGGAGAGCACCAGCGCAAGAUAGCCUUCAGAAAACUGUGGGGCACAGCAGUCCACAGAAAGCCUUGGGGCAAGACAGCCCACAGAGAGCUCUGGCGCAGGAUAGCCAGCAAAAAUCUGAGAGGCACAGCAGUCCCCAAAAAACCUUGGGGCAGGACAGCCCACGGAAAGCUCUGGCACAGGAUAGCCAGCAGAGAUCUGUGGGGCACAGCAGUCCACAGAAAACCUUGGGGCAGGACAGCCCACGGAAAGCUCCGGCACAAGAUAGCCAGCAGAGAUCUGUGGGGCACAGCAGUCCACAGAAAACCUUGGGGCAAGACAGCCCACGGAAAGCUCUGGCACAGGAUAGCCAGCAGAAAUCUGUGGGGCACAGCAGUCCACAGAAAACCUUGGGGCAGGACAGCCCACAGGGAGUUCCAGGGCAGGAUAUUUUGCAGAAAACCUCUGGGCAUGGUAGCCCCCAGAUAGCCUCAAAACAGGAUAGUCCAGAACAAUGUACUUCAGGGCAGAUUGGCCCAGGAUUCCUUAAUGAGGGGUCUGCAAAAGUAAAGGAGCGCCCAUUGUCACCUCCUGUUGUUACAGAGAAGUUGGGGAGCACCAAGUCUAUAAAAAACAAACUUGCCAGAUUCAGCAGCGGCAGUUUCAGGGUGGAGGAACUCGAUACUUUAAAAGGGGUAAGAGACCCCCAUGAAAAGAGGGCCCUGCUUGGUCUCAGUGGAAGCUUGUUCCCAAGGGACUUUGUUAGCUUUGACAACACAUUAGACUCCUCAGACAGCAUCUUCUCUGACAGCAUGGACUUCCCCCUGGAAAUAGGAGACAGGACAAAAAACAGGGUCUUCCUCAUGGCAAGGCAGUACAGCCAGAAAAUUAAGAAGGCUAACCAGCUUCUGAAAACAAAGAACCCAGAACAGGAGCAAGCUGUUGGCCGGCUGAAGUCCAAGCAGAAGGAUCUAGCAGAUAUACUGGAGGAAAAGAAGCAAGGAGGUGCAGCUAUUGGCGCAAGGAUUGCGGAGUACUCGCAGCUCUACGAGCAGGUUGUGUUCAAAGAGAUGCCAUCAAGCAGCCAGAAGAACCCACAAAGCACCCACCAAGAACCGUCAGAGAGCCCGCAGUCUCAGCAUCUCCUGCCCUUGACUCCGGAGGGCUCCCAAAUGCCAAGCGGACUGAAUCUGGAUGAGGACUGGCUGAACUCCACCUAUAGCAAUGGCGAGCUGAUUGACUUUAUCACUUGCUUCAAAGAGUCUGAGCUCAAAGAAGAUAGUCUGACGAUUCCUCCCCAGACAAAAUUGACUCCAGCAAGCCCUACCGAAAAGUGCCCCGCUGCUUCUCAGUUCCCAGCCCAGAGGUGGAGUGCAUGCAUGGCUCAGACCGACAGAGAGAACUUAAACCAAGAACAAGUCUUCAACUCACUGGGGAGACAUGCACCUCCUUACAGUGGUAAGAAUGCAGAUCAGCAUGGAAAGGAAAACGGCUCAAUUCCUUCUACUAGGAGCUCGAUGGGAGAGAUGACUCGGGGAUCUGCUUUUGUAAGGCUUGGUCUCUCAGGGAGACAGUACAGCCUUCCAGACCAGUUUAUGUCUGAUCACAGAGACGUAACUUUGCAGGACUCCCGGCAAGUAUUGGCGGUAGGCAGAAGUCCCCCCAUGAAUGCAUUUAUUGCCACCCAGAACUAUCACGCUAACUUUAAAGAUAACAGUGAUGAUGAUGAUGACUAUGUGGAAAUUAGAUCUGAGGAUGAAGAGCUGGACUCUUCCAGGCAGCACAAGGACUCACAGGCUAUGUCUGCUCCACGUGUUGAUCGAUUUAGCCAUGGAGACCUGAGACAAUCGCUCAGCCUCCCUUGCACCCCCAUCAAGAGCAGCCCUGGGGCCUCUGCCACAGCUUUUGUUGACCAAGACAAACCAACACAGUACCUGUGGAACGAGCCCCAAGUGUCCCAACAGAACCUCGUCCAAUCCUUGAGGGAGAAGUUCCACUGCUUGAGUUCCAGCAGCUUUGCGUGAGAUGUCCAUGGUGGGUCACAGGGCCCAGUAAGUACUGCUGCCCGGACGGAGAGAACUGCUCACUUUCAUAACUCCAACUUCAUCCACAUUCGUUUAAGGAUGGUUUACGCAUGAGCAGUUAAGAAAUCCUGUAUAUUAAGGGUCUUCAAGUCUUGGGUUUACCAACUUCAUAUUUAAAUUGCUCAGGAAAGCAAUACGUUCACGUUUUAUUUUAGGUUAAAGGGAAUUUACUGAAAUACAGUGAGUCGAUGUUGUGGGCUCUGCAGUUGUAGGAAUGCCUAUGUAGCCAUAGGAAUUACCGAGUAACAAUCUUCUAUAUUAUCUAUUUGGGUUUCUGUGGAGUUACUGGUUCACAUUCAAACUCAACCACCACCCCCCUAUUCUAUUUGAGACUCAAUACUUUUUUUUUUUUUUUUUUUUUUUUUGGUGUGUAGUUUUACUGAUUUAAAAUUUGUAAAGUAUCGGUGUUGAUAAAAACAAAGUAUCAUUUUAUGUAGCUGGAACUUAGUUUUGUGCUGCGUUUUAGUUGUAUAUGAUACUGCUCUCAGGCUGUCUUCAAUUUUCCAUUUAAUUCUGUCAAUCCAAUUCCAUCCAGGUUCAGAGCUUUGACCCUUAUGAGCACAGUGCGUUGUAACAGCACUCUAGUUUGGUUCUGAGAAUGUAUUAAGACAUUCACACUCCCAUGCCUUCGUCUCGUACCUAGAAAUGUACUUCUAAGACUCAGGAGCUUUGCAUACGAGCAGCUCGUGGCUGGUAGGUGAUUCCGUAUGCUUGCUUUGUGUGCCUCAUGUUCACGUGUAGAUGAACAGAUUAUCUAGUAUUUUCUAUCAGGUUAAUAAGCAUUUGCAGAAAUGCCAGAAUGUUUCUAGGUUUUAAGGCUUUUGUUGCUGAAAUAUCGACGUAAUGAAAUAGAUAAUGCUUCAAUAAAUGUAGCCUUUAAGAAAUGUAUAUAAUCAGCUCACCACGGAACAGAAGUAUACAUUUAUUGUGAAACUUGCUUGAAAUGUUGAUACAUAUUUCAGCUUUCUGUACUUACUGGUGAUUUCAGUGCCAUAUACUGUAGCAAGUCAUCAACAUCUAAACUGAAAUACUCUUUAUGUGGGACCAUGGAAGAAAAGAUGUUAAGUUGUUAAAGUUGCUAAAAGAGUACUGUAUUGUAUUUAUUAUAUUUUCACUACACUGAGUUUCUCCUUGCAUUGACACUGUUGGUUAGCACACAACCCACUCUUCUCCUCUCUCCUUUAUUUCGGGCCAAACCCACUGCCGAUGUUCAUGUUAACCACGUGUAACUCUGCUUUCAGGGUUUUCGUAAAUAAAUCUGACAUUUAACACACUAUGUUAAUUUGCACUGUUCUUAUUGUUGGGUGCUUUGAAACUACUUUAAUUACAUGUCAAAUCGAUCAUAUGUACUAGAUUUCUACAAUGUUUGUUUCACCGCAGUUUGGUUUUGGAUUAAUUUUUUCCCAAAUUAAAGAAGUACCAUGCUUAACCAAUCAGUUCAAAAGCAGAAACAGUCCAUUUGUAAAUUAAUGAAUAUUUAUUAAAGGUUGCCAGUUUCUGUCAUUCUGGGUCCCCCCCCCCUUCAAUGACACAUUUUUAAGUGUACUGUGAAUGUUGAAAAAGUUAAAGCACUGUUGAACUGUGUUCUUAAUAAUACAAUGAAAUGAUUGAAUGCACAACACAAUAUCUAGGCCUGGUAAUGUAAAUACACCGAACCAUAAUCAAACUGUUGAAGUAUGUAUUCAUUGCGUUGUAUAUAUAAUUUUUCUUCACUUGUCAGGAUUGUCAACGUUUUGUCCCUCAACUGAAUUUUUUUGCACUUUUUUUUUUUUUUUACAUUUUUGUAAACAUUCUGUAAAGAUGUAAGUACAUUUUAGCAAAGCUAAUUUUAUGCUAUAGGGUAUGCUUCAUUAUCCUUACGUUUGUACUGGUCUAAUUGUCUUUAUGUAGGAAAAUGUAUUUGAGGAAAUAAAUGAACAUUUUAAAAAGAGCUGCUAUGUUGC